GUCUUUGCGUAACUCCUGAGCUGUACGUCGCUGACUGUACACAUACAAGAUGGCAGCUUUGGUGGAAGACGAAUUUGAAGAUGCGCCCGAUGUGGAGCCGUUAGAACCAACUCUGAAGAAUAUCAUCGAGCAGAAAUCUUUGAAAUGGAUAUUUGUGGGUGGGAAGGGUGGCGUUGGUAAAACGACAUGUAGCUGUAGUUUGGCUGUCCAGCUGGCUGCUGUUCGGGAGAGUGUGCUCAUCAUUUCCACAGAUCCUGCCCAUAACAUCUCUGAUGCUUUUGACCAGAAGUUCUCAAAGGUACCCACUAAGGUUAAGGGCUAUGACAACCUCUUUGCAAUGGAGAUUGACCCGAGCUUGGGUGUGGCAGAGCUGCCUGAUGAGUUCUUCGAGGAGGACAAUAUGCUCAGCAUGGGCAAGAAGAUGAUGCAGGAAGCGAUGAGCGCCUUCCCCGGCAUCGAUGAGGCUAUGAGCUAUGCAGAGGUCAUGAGAUUAGUGAAGGGAAUGAACUUCUCAGUGGUGGUCUUUGACACUGCUCCUACUGGUCACACACUGCGACUGCUUAACUUUCCCACGAUUGUGGAGCGAGGUCUAGGCCGCCUCAUGCAGAUCAAGAACCAGAUUAGCCCUUUCAUCUCUCAGAUGUGUAAUAUGCUUGGUCUGGGUGACAUGAACGCAGACCAGCUGGCCUCAAAGCUUGAAGAAACCCUGCCAGUCAUUCGCUCAGUUAGUGAGCAGUUCAAAGACCCUGAGCAGACCACCUUCAUCUGUGUGUGUAUUGCUGAAUUUCUGUCACUUUAUGAGACAGAGCGGCUGAUUCAGGAACUGGCCAAGUGCCGCAUCGACACGCACAACAUCAUUGUCAACCAGCUCGUUUUCCCUGAUGCAGACAGGCCGUGUAAAAUGUGUGAAGCCCGCCAUAAAAUUCAGUCGAAAUAUUUAGACCAGAUGGAAGAUCUUUACGAGGAUUUCCACAUAGUCAAGUUACCUCUACUGCCCCAUGAAGUUCGAGGUGCCGACAAGGUCAACAUGUUCUCUAAGCAACUUCUGGAACCCUACAAACCCCCAAACAAGUGAUGUCCUGCCCCCCUCGCAGGGCCGCCUCCUCUCCCCCCCAUUCUACAGACACAGCUCUGCAGUCUGAGUUAUCCUCCUCUGAGCUCCAUCCCCAGCAAGCCUCAAAUCCUGCAGCAACAGCCUCAAGACGAUCCAUUCAGUCCUCAACACGGUAUCUUCACAGCACGGUUACAGCGAGACACCCGCCCGCAUUGAAGGGUGCCCCACCCCCCACGACAUCACAAGUAAACCCAUAGAGAAGCUGCAUUAUUUUUGGAGAUAAGAUGGUACAUAUGCGUGCCGCCUUACUCUCACUUCACCUUCUCUUGUCUUCAUAUCCACUGUGGCAGUUCCUACUUUAAGCAUUUAACUUUUUCUCGACAGAAGAAUUGAAAAAUCGUCCCCUCCUCCCCCACACCCUGUGCAGUGUCCGGCCUCAGUUGUGAAAACAAAGUGUUUCCAGUGACAGUGCUGUGUGUUUGAGGAGAAAACAGCUUUCAGAUGGUUGAUGUUUAUGACUUGUUUAUUCUGUGUGAUUCAUGGUGACUGUGUGUCUUCUUCCAUUUGAUUUGCAACUUAAAAAUUCAAACAAACUCGUGUAUCACACUUUUUCCAUCCAGAUUUCUAUAUUCAGGUUGUGGUGGUGGCAGGGAAAUAAAAAAGAAAACUCUUAAAAAAAACCCAGGAAGACAGCCUGUGUGGUCUUUAGUUACAGCCUUGUUAUUGCAACCAAAACAAACUGAAACAAAACAAACUUGAGUGUCUUUUACCAUUUAUCAGAUCAUUAGAUGACAAUAAUGAGAACAUCAGUCAGAUUUAUUGUUUUCUAUCCAUAAAGGACACUAGUUGCUUUGGUUGGUAUGUGGAGGAAGGUUGCAGUUUUAUUUGAUGUGACUGGUGAUGUUUGAGCUGGAAGCUAAAGCUGUUGGGCACUGCUGAUCUCCCUGUUCAUGUUCCUAUACAGCGCUCAUAAACUCAUCCAGUGUGUUUCUGUCAAACCUGUGUCCAUCCUGUUGACUGAGAACUAUAUGGGAACACCAUUGAAAGAUAUUAGUAGCCUUAUUCAGCGCUUUGUUAAUUAAAAUACAUAUUGAAUGUCACUUGAUCAAAUGUUAAAUGAAUGGUGAGGUGAAGGAAAUUUAAAGCAUCCUUUCCCUUUUGAUUGAAUAUCAGAUUCCUGGCUGCCUUGAUUGGUGCUUCCCAAGUGAAACAUAAAUAAAUGACAGGAUAGUGCACUCUCAGUUAAAAGCUCCAUUUCCCCUCUGUCACGGACAGUUUUUGAGUUGGUAAGAAUCUGUUUUCUAUAGAUUUUCCUUAAAUUAUAAUGUCAGUGUUGAUUAAAACAAACUUGCCUCAGCUGAAA